AUGGAGUCUGUAGUAACGGGUCCGAGUAAUCGUUAUUCUAUAACAUAUGGCCGUCAAACAGAAAUUGCAGAGUCGAACCUUAAUAAGAUCUUCACAACCACGGCUGCUUCAUUGUCGCUAAUCGGAGCACUUUUGAUCAUCAUUACUUUCAUUAUGUGGCCUGAUUUAAGAACAAACUCUCGCAGAAUGAUCAUGUUCAUAUCCAUCGGUGAUUUCUCCGUGGCUCUCUUUAACAUUAUCGGGAUUUAUAACCCGUCUUCGGACAACGAGAUAUGCAGAAUGCAGUCACUAGUUACGAAUGUGGCGAUUUUGUCUUCCUUCAUGUGGACUUUGAAUUUGUCGUUUUACUUUUACCUGACUAUCUGCAGAAAGAUCUCCGCCGAAUAUGAAAGGCGAAUUAUGCAGUUACUUCACCUCAUAGGGUGGGGAAUUCCUAUCUUGAUAGGAACUAUCGCGUUCACAAUGGGCGCAUAUGGAUUUUCCAGAAAUGUUCUCACUUCUGGAUGGUGCUGGAUUUCGGAAAAUCAGAAAUGGUGGGAAGUUGUCAUGUGGAUGUUCGUUACAGGAAAAGGCUGGGAGAUCAUGUCAUAUAUUUGCAUCUUCAAGUUUUAUUUGUUGGUCAUACUGCAGAUCAGACGAGAGGUAUGUUCAAGAAACCUAGACCUUUAAUUUCCUGAUCCAGCCUCUCAUGCCCCUUUCACUUCCUGUUUACACUUCUAAACUAAUUUAUUAUUCACUAGGAGAAAAGAGAAGUUACAAUGCGGGGAGUUACAAUGCAGUACUUUAAAAAUUUGACUAAGGCUGCAUUGCCGGCUGCAUUCAUUAUAAAGGAUUAAAUUGACUACAAAAACCGUUGACGAAGAUCCUGCUUGUUGUAAACGUUGGAUCUCUAGAAAAGAGAUUUAAUCAGCCAAAAUAUAAAGAACCAAGAACGAGAAGUCCAAAGACUACUGCAAAGCUGAUUCAGAACAACAUGUAUUGUUUUUUAACCAUAACAAAUAUUUUGGCUGGCCAUAUAUACCAGCCUACUUCAGGUUUACCGCUGUUACUGAACUUAUGUAGGAACAGUAACAUCUGUGAACCUGAAGAAGGCUGGUAUGGCUAGCCGAAACAUUGUUAUGGUUAAAAAACAAUACACGCAAAGGAUAUUUUUUUAAAGGGCAAAAAUUUUUAAAUAUCCCCCCACAUCAUACAGAAUUUUUUGACAUCCCCUCCUCUUGGUUCACAGAUUUUAGUAUUUCUGGUGUAAAGUGUAAAUUAAAGAAAGUUGUUACAGAUUAAAGCUAGCUGUGCCUCACAGGGAAAUAUUUGCAUACCAGGGCCAUCAUGUGGCAGCUUACAUGUAGAUUCAAUGAUGAAAUGCAAUGAUUCCGAGAUUGGUUAAACUUGGGACCUAGACUAGCAAAGAACAAGCCCAAGUGCUUGAAAAGAAAGCAAACAAAAAAAAAGCCAACAAAAAGGCAUUUGAAAAGCUAUGCAACUCUGAACUGGUGCUAAAAGAUAUUGAAUGGCCUGAUCAGCAGAAAAAGAAAAGGGAAUUGCAAGUCAGCCUAUCUCUGAAGAAAGGUCCACGUACUUUACAUUUUAGUGAAAUACAAAUCUCUCCGAAAAGGAAAAGGAAGUUAAUUCACUAUUUUUAAGACCAAAUUACCAGCUAUAGAGCAUAAUGCAUCACCAAGAGAAACAAAAAUGAAUAUAAAAUUUGUUAUGCAUCAGGUCAAAAUUGUCAAAAUUUACCUUGGUUUAAGUUGUUUUCCUUUUACCAGGGAAUGGUAAUAAUAUAUUAUUAGGACUAUGAAAAUGAGUCAUAAUAAUGAUACAAAUACUUAAUCUUUCAAUGCAGGCAUCUAAAAAAAAUCAGCGUUUGGGUCAUGUAGCAGCUGCUUGGAAGAGAAGUCACCAAUGGUGCGUUUCUCUGACCCCAAACAAUACUAAAACAAUUGAAAGAAUGACAUGUCACUGUUUCCUGCGACCACUUGCGAGAGACCUUAUGAGCAGCUGCUACACUACUGUUGCCCUUCCUUCCUUCAGAGAUUUUUACCAUCGCCCCCUUUUCCCCUAAGAACCUCCCCAAAAAAAUCCUCUGCCCCACCUCCCCCCGACCCCUGUGCUAUACAUAAUGAAUGCAGCCUAAUGCUUUGGUUUCUCCACCCUUUGAUUCAAUUCAAUUCAAUUCAAUUCUUUAUUUCACACUAUGUAAGACAUUUACAUAAGUGUACCUAGGUAGGAAAAUAAAGUAGCUGAUAAAUUAUUGAAUUGAAUUAAGAGUGUUACAUUAGCUCUCCAAUAACCACACAAGGUCUCAGCUUUAAUGUGCCCUUUCUUACAUUUAGGUUGUUAUCUUCAAUGUUUGCUUAAAACAAUUUUUGUGUUUGUGUCUUAGUGAUAACUUGCAGUAAAUGCAAACAUGGAUAUUAUAAAUAGUACUGGGUUAAGACCAAGGAAGGUUCUAAAACAAAACAAUAUAUUACCUUUAGUUUUCACAGUGUCUGCAGCCCAGGACCAUUUCUAUUAAUACCCAGAAAUAAAGGAAGGAGUAAUAAACAAAGUUUUGUUUGGGAAUGCUCUGGACAAACUACAUUUGAAAGAGCCUUAAUUUCUUGCCUUAAUAGAGUACUAAAGUGAUGACAUCAUAAAAAUGAAAUUUCUGAAAUUAUGGGAUUUGUCAGGAUAUUCUGAAAGAGCAAUGUCCAAGAGGCCUACUUGCCAAAAAUGAGCAUUUCGGGGCAAAUUGUCUCUGAGAUCGUAGCCCAGUUAUGCUUAGAAAACUCCAUACAAACCUUUCUAAAUUUUUUUUGGGUCAACCCAAAAAACAAUUAGAAGGGUUUGUAUGGAGUUUCUGAGUAUAACCGGGCUAUGAUCUCAGGGACAAUUUGCCCUGAAAUGAUCAUUUUUGGUAAGUAGGCCUCUUGGACGUUGUUCUUUUAGAGUAUCCUGACAAAUCCCAUAAUUUCAGAAAUUUCAUUUUUAUGACGUCACACUUUAGUACUCUAUAUAUAUUUGUUUAUUUUUUUACCUCACCUUUAGGUAAGAUUGGGAUUCAUCCCAGGUGGAGAUUUUCUCACACCAAAGGCUCUAGAAGUAAUAAAAAGAGCAGAACGCAAGUUGACCAUCAUUCCCAUGGUGUUCAUUUUGCUGCGUAUCUGGGGAACCAUACGAUUUUUUCGUUUCUUGUAUUAUCACCCUGAAGACCCACCAGCAAUAGAGUUUCUUGUUUUCCUCCAGGUAAGUAGACUCAGUUAUUACAUUAUGCUUUUAUAGUUGGCUUGUCAGCUAUAUAAUAUAUUAAAGCAAGACUUCAUUUCACCAUUAAUCAUACUCAUUAAUGAAAACUCGUUGAAUGAACUAACAGAUGCCUAGGGCGUGCAUUUAUUCAAUUUCAGGGAUCCAGGGGGGGGGGGGGGGGGGGUAAAGGGGGGGGGGCAUUAAAAAGGGGGGUUUUGGAGGAUAAAAAAAAUUUUCCCACCAUACUCUUUUGCAAAAAUUAAAAAAUCCCAAAUUUCUCUUCCUUUUUUUGUUCUUUGCUUGGGGUUUAGCAUUACCCCUGGUUUUUUAUUGGUUUUUUUAAAUAAAAAAAAUUAAAAAAAAAUAAUUUUUAUUUCCUAUAAUACCACUCAUAAUAACAAAACUAUUGUGAAAAAAAAAAGAGGCGUGGGGGGGGUUUUUUUUUUUAUUUGGGGGGGGGGGGGGGGGGGGGGGGGGUGGUUAAUAGGUAGGAGGCAUUUAAAAGGAGAGUAUUUGAAGCUAAAAAAAAUGUUCCCACCAUACUCUCUUGCAAAAAUUCAAAAAUCCCAGAUUGUCCUUCAUUUUCUUGUUCUUUGCUUGGAGUUUAGAAUAUCCCCUGGAGUCUCAAACUUUUACUACAGUCCUUGUAAUGCUUCUGAUGCCAUCUGCAAGUUUUGUAUAUUUCGCUAAUUUAAAAUGACUUAGACACCAAAAAAUCUCUAUCCUCCUGCUGUAUUUUUUUAACAUUUUCUGCUUGUUGUGAGGAUUGCAAUCACUCAUAUAAUAUUGGUUUAAGGUACAAUUAAAUGCAUCCCCAGGGGGAGGAGGAGAUUCUGCUAGAAAAUUUAUUUGGGGUGCAUCCAAUUCCUGGAGACCCUGGUUUCAGGCGUCUAGAAAUGAAGACCUAGAAAACGAAGACCCGCCUGUUUUCUGAGGUCAGCAGGGUACUUGUAGUAACUCUUGAGUCAUCAGAUCAGUUUGCAAUGGUUUCUCAGAUGUCAUUUUGCAGGGAAACUAUUGGUGGUGUCAUAAAUUAUUGGCUGUUUACUCAGGUUAUUAGGAUAGGAUUCUCUGAAAAGAAAUGUGGAAUUUUUUGUGAAUUUUCUGCACUUUGGCCACUAUUAGGAAUUGAAAGGUUUAAGAUGGCAUAAAUCCAUCUUACAUAUCUUUUUACAGGGCAUUGGGGACAGCAGCCAAGGCUUUGCCAAUUUUGUUCUGUUUUGCUUACUGACUGAUCAGAUAAGAGAAAAAUUCAGACUCUGUGUUGUGAGGUUCACACCAUGGUAUAACUAUCUGGAGAAGGAUCCACUGUUUGAAAGUACAAACUUUCCACUGAAUGAAACAACAGACUUUGGUUCAAACACGUAUGGAGCAGCAGCUAGGGACUGCAUUUCUGUUAAAUCAAUGAAUUAAUUAUGUAAUAUGCAAACUUGCUUAAAGUAAGACUUGAGACUUUGAAUGCAACUAUUUACAGCUGCAUAGGGCAUUUAAAACCUGUACAUAAACACUGGAAUGGACCAAUCUUUUUUUUACUUUGUGAUCUUUUUUAUCACCGGCAAGGCUAAAUGGACAAACAGUCCUUAAUUGUUAAGUUAGUAAUAAAAAAUAUCAUAAAAAGAAGAUGGAUACAUAAACUUUAUUACAGGUUUAAGGAUUAUACAAAUUUCUGUUGUACAUCCUUCAUGAAGUAAUAAGUUUUUCUUGAGAUUUAGGGCUCUUCUGUAUAUUAAGACUAAGGACCAACUGUCCCCUCCUCUCGAUCUGCCACCGUGAAUCAUGAGCAGUUUCGGUGGCUAUUAUUUUUUAGGUUGUUAUAACUUGUGCAGUUUUUAAUAGCAUUGCAAAUGAAUGGCAAUUAAACUGGCAAUGCUUUUGGACGUUUUUAUUAAAUUUUGUGCCGAUUUUGAUGGUAUUAUUAGUAGCCUGAGCAUUACAUGUACAUUGAAUUACAUAUACCAUUGAAGAAGCCAUGGCCUAUCAAGGACAGCAAGCUGUAUUUAAAUGACAUAAUCUGAGCUUAUUAACAGCAAUGUUAACCUCAGGCAAUGUUUUUAAAGUUUAUAAGAUUGUGUUACUCUGUGACAAUAGUCUGUUAGAUUAUGUUAGAUUAUGUUAGUCUGUGCCACACUAGGGAAUGUGUGCUUGUUUGUAUCACAAACGGUUUUUGAACUGUAAUAGUAC